CAUAUUUGAACAUUGAUUUGGGAUUAACUUUUUAUUUAAGAAGAGACAAGGCAUAUUCGUAUGUUGCAGCAAUUGAUGUUGGAACUUCCUUCUCGGGAUACGCUUACUCCAGUCACACGGAUUUUUGGAAGGAUCCGCUCAAAGUAUUAUCACCCACCUGGAAUGCAGCUAAUUACAUCUCACAAAAGACGUCAACAUUUAUACUUUAUGAUCCAGAUGAUAAUUUCCAUUCAUUUGGAUCUGAGGCUGAGAAAACAUUUAUCGAGCUAUUGGAACAAGACGAAGCAAUGAACUGGAAGGCCUUCUACAAUUUCAAGAUGAAGUUGUAUGAGGAAAACGUUACUUUGGAAAAUGCAGAACUUCUUUUGGAAGAUGAUCAAGGUCGAAAGAAACCAGCUUUGGUAGUGUUUGCGGAUUGUAUUCGCUUUCUGAAAGACAGUCUAUUCCAUAACCUUCAGAAACAGGGAGUAUACAUCUCGACAGAUAAAGUCCGAUUUAUCAUCACAGUUCCUGCUAUUUGGGAUGACCAAUCGCGUGGUUUCAUGAUAAAUGCAGCCAAUGAGGCUGGAAUCCAGGAAGAACAUCUCCUGCUCUCUCUGGAACCAGAAGCAGCAGCUGUUCUUUGCAAAGAACAUCAUGUGGAUGAAUAUCAUAAAUCCGGAUGCAAAGACCUCAUCAAUUUUGAUUUUGGUUCCGAGUUUGUUGUAGCUGACUUAGGAGGUGGAACCAUUGACAUCACUACAAACAAGGUUCUGCCUUGUGGAAGUCUGAAAGAGAUAAAGAGUGCCAGAGGAGGCGAUUGCGGUGGUACCAUGGUCGAUAAAGAAUUCUUCCAUUUUGUAAAAGAUUGUAUUGGUAGCAGUUAUGACGACUUUAAGAGGGAAAAUCUCUCUGAAUUCCAUGAACUGAGACAGGUUUUAGAAAUGAAAAAGAGGCAAACAGGAGAGGUUACUCCGAAGUUUGUAAGCCUUACAAUAACACCCGCCUUUGAACAAAAAAUUGACCGAUCCAAACUGGAAGAACACAACGACGGUAUAAAAAUUAGUCAUGGAAAAUUGCAGAUUCCGGUCGAGUAUUUUCAAUCCUUUUUCAAGAAACCAAUACAAGGUAUUUUGACAUGUCUCGAGGAAGCUGUCACAGACGAAAUAAAAUCCAUACUCCUUGUCGGUGGAUUUGCAAAUUCUAAAAUAGUUUACCAAGCUGUAAAAGAAAAGUUUCCAAGCAAACAUGUCUACUGCCCACCUGACGCCGACCUAUCUGUUUUGAAAGGGGCUGUUAUCUAUGGACACAACCCUGAUCUUGUAGCCAGUCGAAUCAGCAGAGUCUGGUUGGGAGUAAUCCCUGAUGAAAGUUUUUCUCCUGUGAAUCUUAGAGAUUCCCAAAACAAUUUUUACGUGCUCACACAGAAAGGUCAUCCAAUAACGGUAGAUGAAAGAUUUUAUCAUCGUUUUAUCGUGGACGAAAAAUGCGACAAGGAAACCCUCCGUCUAACAAUUUUUUCGUCAGCUGCUGAUAGCUUGCCAACUUCAUCCUCGGAAGAUUUAAAGCGCAUAAAAUGCUUUGAGCUACCCUUACCACCACCUAGAGUAGCAGGAAUAAGGAUUAUAGUACUAAUAGUUAAACUAAAGGGAACGCAAUUCGAUUUCAAGGCAAGAGUGAAAUCAAGAAGUCAGUGGCUGUAACUUUAAUUAUAGCAUUUUAGAUACAAU